GCAGUGGCUGACGGGUGCCUGGCCAUGUUCUUUCCUGCUGUAUUUCUACUUACUUGCGCAGCCGAGGCUGGGCUGAGUCUCAAUACCUCUGCUUCGUGCCCGAGCGUGUGCCAGUGUGCACCCGGAGAGAGCAUCCACUGUAACAGAACGGGGCUGCGAGCCCUCCCGGGAGAAAUCGCCACCUCCAGCGUCUCCCUAAACCUCUCCAACAACCACCUGCGGGGCCUCAGCACCAGCACCUUCAGGAACCUGACCUUCCUGCACAGCCUCUGGCUGGAUGGGAACAACCUGACCUUCCUGUCCCCGGGCACCUUCCAUGCGCUCAGCCAGCUGCGGGAGCUGCACCUCAGCAGGAACUCGCGCCUCACCUACCUGCACGCAAACACCUUCAGGGGGCUGGUAAACCUCCUCAGCCUGGACCUGUCCCACUGCAACAUCUUUGAAAUCCACCCGCUGCUCUUCUCGCACCUGCCUUCCUUGGAGAGGCUGGACUUAGCCUCCAACAACAUGCGGUACGUCCCACAGGCCUUUAGGAACCUCUCCAGCCUCACCCAGCUGUCCCUGGAGGGCAACCACAUAGAAGCCAUUGGCAGAGAUUCCCUGAAGGACUUGGAGAGCCUGUACGAGCUGAACCUCAGGAAGAACCGGAUAUGGAUCAUUCAAAACGGCGCUUUCACAAAGCUCCUCAGACUGGGAAUGUUAAAUUUAGGACACAACUUCAUCGCUGAUUUGCCUAAUCAGCUUUUCGACGGGUUGAUCCAGCUCAAGACCAUGCACCUUGAAGCCAACAGGAUCACUGCUGUCGCCUGCACCUUCAGGCAUUUGCUCAACUUGAGGAACUUGUACCUGAACAACAACCAGAUCUCCUCCAUCUCAGACUCUGCUUUCCUGUACUUAAACAAGCUGCACUUCCUCCACCUGAGCAAGAACAACCUCAGCUCCCUCCCCAGCCGCCUGCUUGCUGAGCUGCCCAAGCUCAAGUACGUCUUCUUAUCCCACAACCCCUGGAAAUGCGACUGCAGGAUGCUGUGGUUCUGGAGAUGGGCGUCCACGCGCGGUGGAGCCAUCCAGGGGCUGCACUGUGCCUUCCCCAGCCCUCACAACACCACAGCACCCCAUGGCCCCCGGCCCGGGGACCUGACCCACUGCACCGGGCCCCCCGAGCUGCCCAGCGAGGACAAGUGCGGGGGCGAUGGUACCAGUGCAGGCACCAGAACCCCCACUGUCCACAGCGGGGUCAUCCUGCUGGUGCUCGCCUGCCAGGCGUGGUGCUGUGGGAGGGGAUGGGGCAGCUCUCUUUGA